GGGGAUAGAGUUGAGUGGGUUUCGGUAUGGACUAGCGCCGGUCGGCGUGUUGUUGGUGCCGUGCUUACUAACUGCUAGUUCGCUGCCUAACAUGUAGAGGUGUUGGCGGCUUUGUAGUGUGGGCUACGGUUACGGCGGGAAAGCAGACUUCACCGUUAAACAAUUGGUAGGUAGCAAGCAAGCAGGCAGGCAGGCUGGCUGGCUGGCAAAAAGAUCCGAGCAACCGUUGUUAAUCUUAUCUCCACUGUGUAUCAUAUAUUAGACGGGCGUACAAGCAAUUUGUACGAUAUCGAUGGGACGGACAGCAGCAAUUUUUACUACAAUAAUAAUAACAUUAAUAAUUGCAAGCGGCGAUAACGGUAUCAUAAGGUUGGUGGCGUUGAGUAUGUGAUAUGUGAUUUUCAUACAUUGUUUAAAAGAAUCUUACAACGUUGAAUGGCCCACAGUUGGGCGAGUGAUUUCAAAGCGUUAGCACACGCAAGCAAUAAAGCAAGCAAGCAAGCAUUUUCGUAGUGUAGAGUGAAGUGAAUUUCGCUAGAAAGAAUAUAUCAUACAACUACAAACACAUACAAAUACACCUACAUAAAUAUAGAGACAAAGAGACUUUUGAGUAAAUGAGAAACGAAAAGUAUAUAAGUGCAUAAAAGUAAGAAAUCCAAUUAGUGAGGUUAAAAAUUAAUAAAUUUUGAAAGAGAGAAAAAUUAAAAAAAAAAAAUAUCAAUUAAAAAACUCAUAAACUGUGAUUGAAAAAAUUUAAACUAAAGCUAAAAGUGACUGAUCAACGGUAUAUAGCUGAGCAAACCGUUAUAUUCCUGUCUAAGGCGCUGAAUAAUUUCAUUAAUCAACAUUUUUUGGCGUUCAAAAGAAGAAGAUUAAACUACAACAACGUUGGCCAAAAUGAAGUUAAAACUUUUACGUUAUUUACGUCAUACGAAACCGCAAAUGCAAGACGAAUUUCAAACAACGCCACAGGAUGUGGAACAGCAAUUUACCGAGGUGCGUAAAUCGUUUCGUGAAGCCGUGAAAAUUUUGUUAUUGGGCACAGCGGAGUCGGGGAAAACGACAAUAAUCAAACAAAUGCGUAUUCUCCAUAUAAACGGAUACACCGAUGAAGAACGCUGUGAUAAAAUUCCCGAAAUCUUACAAAAUAUCCACGAAUCAAUAUAUCAGCUGGUGCAACAUAUGUCCAUACUUGGUAUUCAGUAUCAAAGUAUAGCGAGUAGAAAAUGUGCUGAGUACAUACUCUCGCUGGGAGAUCAAGCACCAGAGUAUAUGAAUGAUGAAUAUUGUGAUCACAUCAUCACUUUGUGGAAUGAUGUUGGCAUUCGGACCUGCUUUGAACGUGCCCAUGAAAUUCCUUUACUAGAUAGCACGAAAUAUUUCCUCGACAACUUCGAACGCAUCUCUGACCCUGAGUACAUACCUUCUACGGAGGAUAUUCUACACAGUCGUAAGAUCACCACUGGCAUCCACCAGAUUACCUUCAAAGUGAAAGUGCCGCGUACAAUGGGUGGUGGCGUGCAAGAGUUUCGCAUGUACGAUGUCGGCGGGCAGCGUGAUCAACGCAACAAGUGGAUACAGGUGUUCGAGGGCAUACAAGCCGUGUUGUUUCUCAUUUCCUGCGGCGAUUUCGAUCAGUGUUUGCGUGAGGACCCACGUCAGAAUCGUCUGCAAGAGGCGCUUAAUUUGUUUCGGAGCGUUUGGCAAAAUCGUUUUCUCGCCUCAGCCGGGUUUAUUGUAUUCCUCAAUAAGCAGGAUGUGAUGGAGCGGAAGAUACGUGCUGGCAAACAUAUUGUGGAUUAUUUUCCGGAUUUCGAAGACUUCUGCAACUCCCCGCAAGAGGGUAAUUACUUUGAUGAGUCUGAUUGGACGAAACGUUUCAUACAGCAUAAACUCAUCGAUAUCACGCGUGAGCCGUUCAAGCGUAAUUCUCGAAAUAAUAUCGAUUACUCGCGCCGUGAGUGCUAUUAUCAUUUUACCAUUGCCACCGACACGAGUUGCGUGCGGAAGGUCUUCAACGAUGUGCAUCAGAUGAUUCUGCAUCAGAACAUGAAACUGGUGACACUGCUGUAAUGAGACUGUACAUACACACAGACAUAUGUUUGUAUGUAUGUAUGAUAUGUAAAUGUCACGAAUGUUUACUUCGUGCAGCAAAAAUAUUGCAAUUAGUUGUAACAGUUAAGUAAAGUAAAGAUUGCUUAGUAUUAUUUAGCAUAGAAUAUAAUUAAGUAAAUGCAAGUGAAGUAUUCUAUUAAAAUAUUUAUAAUGUAAAUAUAUGUACGAGUAUGCAUGUAUUGAAAUAGUUGUAGUCCGUGCCGAAUCUUUGAAUUUUUAAUUUACAUACAAAAUAAGCGUCAGAAUUUAGAAAAUUCCUAUUCUGCAACUGUGAUUUUAAUAGGGAUAAUUUUUAGUUAUUUUAUUUUAGUUAACACAUUUAGUCAUAAAAACGAAGAAUUUUAAUUUUUCUACCGAACUUAUAAUUAAUCUUAAGAAUUUAUGUGCUUUUCAGAAGAUUUUACACCGAUUUUUCAACAACAAAUAAACUGAAAUAUUUUUCAAACAGA